GGCGCGCCAUUUCCUCACAAGAGCGCGGGCUGUAAAGAUGUUUUCUUUCCGUGUCGCGUAUAGCCAGCGUGAAGAUGUCUCUGUACAUACGCGUCCGUAAUAUAAUCGUUUAUUAGUUAAAACAAUAUAAAUCACGAUAGAUAACCGAGGAGCAGUUGGUACAAUUCUAACUUUGAGUGCUGGGCGUGAACGGUGGAGCGAGUAACUCUAGGAAAGCUAGGAAUCUCCGCAAAGCCAAUGAUUACGACAUGCGCUUGAGUUAGUAGUGUAUGUCGUGAUAAUAAAUAUAACACGCAUUAUUAGUGGAGUUGUGGUCAAACUUCUAAAAAGUGUCACUUGUUUGCACGAUCGCGGAGCACCGCGGUAUAGCUUGGUCACGUGACCGUCAUUGUGUGACUCAGUGCUUGAGUCAGAGGUUCGCGAACAACCAACCAUCAGCUGUACUACGGUCGUGUGAGACGUAAUUUGUGACUGUUUCUCGACGGCUCUACCGGAUUUGGUAGACUCACCGAUCUUGGACGCUUUCCUUUGUGAGGCAGGCAGUUUCUAGGAACGACGAUGGCUCGGCAGAACACCAGCUAGAAGUGUAAUCGUGAACAGAAUUGGGCGCAGUGAGUUGAGUUUCCGAUCGCUCUCUGUCCCCUUUAUUAGCUCGCGAACCAAGCAUUCGUACGGGAUACCGUGAACAGAAAAUGACAUUCUAAUCGUCUUUGCACGGACCGUUUGGCGAUGGUUGGCCACAGGUCUAGACGGAAGAGCGGAGGAGUUAUGGCUUAUCAUGGAACACAGAAUGCAAUACUAGCAGCCGCACAGUCAGUUUCUGCAGGAUACCACCCUGCACCCCUGUCUGCAGACGUACAGCCUGACAGACCGAUCGGUUACGGAGCGUUCGGCGUUGUUUGGUCAGUGACGGAUCCCCGGGAUGGCAAGCGGUUGGCGCUCAAGAAGAUGCCAAACGUCUUCCAGAAUCUCGUGUCGAGCAGACGCGUCUACCGUGAGCUUAAGAUGCUCUGCUACUUCAAGCACGAAAACGUCCUAUCGGCGCUUGAGAUACUGCAGCCACCACCCAUAGACUUCUUUACGGAAAUCUAUGUGAUCUGUGAGCUUAUGCAGAGUGACCUUCACAAGAUCAUCGUCUCGCCGCAGCCACUGACUUCCGACCAUGUAAAGGUCUUUCUCUACCAAAUACUCAGGGCUCUCAAGUAUCUACAUUCGGCGAGGAUUCUGCACAGAGACAUAAAACCUGGAAAUCUCCUAGUCAACAGCAAUUGUGUGCUCAAGGUCUGUGAUUUUGGGCUGGCGCGCGUCGAGGAGCCGGACGAGUCACGGCACAUGACGCAGGAGGUCGUCACGCAGUAUUACCGUGCGCCCGAGAUCCUCAUGGGCGCCAAGCACUACGACUACAGCGUCGACGUCUGGUCCGUAGGAUGCAUCUUCGCCGAGCUGCUCGGACGCCGCAUCCUGUUCCAGGCGCAGAGCCCCAUCCAGCAGCUGGAGUCUGAUCACGGACUGCUGGGCCACGCCCCACGCUCAGAGGGACAUGCGACGGCCGAGGAGCGAGAAUGA